AUGUUCAGUCUGCAUAUCCCAUGUCUUCAUUUUAUGUAUCCUGCAUCCCAGAUGCUCAGUUUGCAUAUCCCAUUUGUCUUCAUUUCAGAUGCCCAUUUACCCUCAUCCCAGAUGCUCAGUUUGCGUACCUCACAUCCCGGAUGCUCAGUUUGCGUACCUCGCAUCCCGGAUGCUCAGUUUGCGUACCUCGUAUCCCGGAUGCUAGGUUUGCAUAUCUCCCAUCCCGGAUGCUCAGUUUGCGUAUCUCGCAUCCCGGAUGCUAGGUUUGCAUAUCUCCCAUCCCGGAUGCUCAGUUUGCGUAUCUCGCAUCCCGGAUGCUCAGUUUGCAUAUCUCCAUCUCGGAUGCUCAGUUUGCGUAUCUCGCAUCCCGGAUGCUCAGUUUGCGUAUCUCGCAUCCCGGAUGCUCAGUUUGCAUAUCUCGCAUCCCGGAUGCUCAGUUUGCGUAUCUCGCAUCCCGGAUGCUCAGUUUGCGUAUCUCGCAUCCCGGAUGCUCAGUUUGCAUAUCUCGCAUCCCGGAUGCUCACUUGCACUCAGUCUCUUGUACUUUCCCUAAACACUUUCUAUCUUGUGAGCUUGCACUCAGUCUCUUGUACUUUCCCUAAACACUUUCUAUCUUGUGAGCUUGCACUCAGUCUCUUGUACUUUCCUAAACACUUUCUAUCUUCUUGCAUUCAGUCUCUUGUACUUUCCCUAAACACUUUCUAUCUUGUGAGCUUGCAUUCAGUCUCUUGUACUUUCCCUAAACACUUUCUAUCUUGUGAGCUUUCUCUUGUACUUUCCCUAAACACUUUCUAUCUUGUGAGCUUGCACUCAGUCUCUUGUACUUUCCCUAAACACUUUCUAUCUUGUGAGCUUGCACUCAGUUUCUUGUACUUUCCCUAA